GCCGGUUCUUGGUUGGUUCUUGACCUCGGUGGAGUGGCACGUAUAUAACCAAAGGGACGAGAAAACAAUUAACAAAAUAUUCGUUGUAACAUGUUUAAUUUCCGAAUCUCUAAACUUUUCUCCUCCUUUGUUGCCUUUGACCCAAGUACCAACUCAACAGUCUGACCUAUUUUCUUACUAAAUCUUGAAGUUAUAGCAAAGAUGGUUGCCGGAAAGUCGCCGGGAACGCUUCCCUCCGGCUGGUCUGAGCAUAUCAAAGUUAAAAAGGGUCGGAAAAUCAAGCAUUAUGUAGACCCAGUCAGCGGAUAUUCUUUUCUUUCCAAAAUGGAUGCAAUGCGCUACGUGGAAACGGGUGACAUUGGGAAGUGUGUAAAAAAGCCCAAGAAAGAUGACUAUAUGUUGGGAGCUUAUAACAAAUCUAAUCACAUACAAGAAUCAUCUGGAAAUGAAGUGUCCAAAAAUGAGAAACCUACCAACAUUGAGAGUGACGCCUCCAUACAGCCAACAUCUGGAAAUGAAGUGUCCAAAAAUGAGAAACCUACCAACAUUGAGAGUGACGCCUCCAUACAGCCAACAUCUGGAAAUGAAGUGUCUAAUGCUGUUUCUUCGGUUGCUGUCAAAGACACAGUGGACGGGUUACCACCGGGUUGGGUUAAGGAAAUCAAAACAAGAGUACAUUCACAUGGCAAAAAAUGGGACCCACUGUAUAUAGACCCUGUGAGCGGAUAUGUAUUUUUUUCCAAAAAGGAUGUUAUGCGCUAUGUAGAAACCGGUGAUACUGGGAAGUGUUUAAUAAGGCCCAAGAAAAGGGAUUCUUUGUUAGAGACCAAUAGCAAAUAUCAUUAUGUAGACCCAGUCAGCGGAUAUUCUUCUCUUUCCAAAAUGGAUGCUAUGCCCUAUGUGGAAACGGGUGACAUGGGGAAGUGUGUAAAAAAGCCCAAGAAAGAUGACUAUAUGUUGGGAGCUUAUAACAAAUCCAAUCACAUACAAGAAUCAUCUGGAAUUGAAGUGUCCGAAAAUGAGAAACCUACCAACAUUGAGAGCGAGGCCUCCAUACAGCCAACAUCUGGAAAUGAAGUUUCCAAUGCGGUUUCUUCUGUUGCAGUCAAAGACACAGUGGACGGGUUACCACCAGGUUGGGUUAAGGAUGUCAAAACGAGAGUACAUGCACAUGGCAUAAGACGGGACCCACUGUAUAUAGACCCUGUGAGUGGAUAUGUAUUUUUUUCCAAAAAGGAUGUUAUGCGCUAUGUAGAAACCGGUGAUAUGGGGAAGUGUUUAAUGAGGCCCAAGAAAAGGGAUUCUUUGCCAGAAACCUUUAGCAAACAUGAUUCUCCUUCAGCUAUUAUGGGUAAGAUAACCAGGCAGAGUAUUUGUUCAAAUGGAGAGACAAGAGUUACUGAUUCGGGCAACGGUAGCACAUCCAGUCGGUUCUCAAAAAGACUUGCUGGGCACAACCCUGAAGAAGUGGCCGAUCUGGGUCUAGUAAGUGAACAGACUCUUCGGGUUGCUAUCAGAAACCAUGCUGGAACUGACACAACAAACACAUCUUCUGCCCAAACCCUAAACGAUCCACCCCCGCAUGUCCAUGAUAUCAGCAAUUCCGUUGGAUCUGAAAGAGACCCACCACUGGCCCCUGCUUGUCAAGAUUUGCAACCCGCCACAAAUUCUGGUGUGACUGAACCAGAUGAGACAGUGGAGGGAGAUAAACAUUCGCCUGUAGCAGAGAACAGGGCAGUUUCAGAGGACCCGAAACCGAUAUUGGGAGAUGACUCAGAACCUAAGUAUCCGUUUGGAGACUGUUUGUCUGACCCGUGUUUCGAAUUCGCUUUUAAAACACUCACGGGGGCAAUAUCUGUGGAGGACUUUAUACCUUGUGAGCGUGCGUCCCACAAAGAAUCGCACCCUCCACCGUCAGAAGCAUGUUUUGACCUCCCAAUAUUUGAUUCUUUUCCAAAUGAUAUGCCGUCCGGAUCUGCCCCUCCAGACAAGCACACCCCAAAGAAUCUAAUGACAGCAACUAGUCCUACUACUACUAAGGCUAAACCUUGACCCCUUCCCCUCCUCCCCAAACACUAAGGCUGCUUGUGAAUUAUGUAAUCAAUAAUUAAGAGUUAGAAAAAGUUUCGACUUUUGGAGCCACUACUAUUAGACAAUCCGUACUAGGUCCCGGAGCCACUACUAUUAGACAAUCCGUACUAGGUCCCGGCUCCCGGGCUCUCAUUUUUUGUGCGCUGGUAUGUAUUUUUAUACCUUUGUCAUUCUAAUCACUUACUGUAUGUUGCAAACCACCUAACAAUUUCGUUUUAUUUUGGCCUGACAAAUGACUGGAAUUGAUAAAAAUGGAAAAACUUCCAUACGUGUUCACAAAAAGUGGAAAUGAUCUGAUGGCAGUUAAUAUUAUGUUGGUCUGAACCAAGGUUGUCAAAGUCGUGCGCCUGAGCGCUCAAGCGCACCACGCGCAACGCCAGAGGCCUUCGGCGCCCUACACAAGCCCAGUCUCACCAUCCCCUCUCAAGCGCAGGUUGGGUGCACAAAGCGCAGAAGCGCAAUAGUCGUUUUAAGCGCUCGCCCAUUGCGCGUGCCGGGGAAGCGUUUAUUUUAAGUAAAUAAGUUUACUGAGGCUGUUUCACAUGUGCGUUCAAAUAAGACUAUUAAGAAGCCCAUAUUUUUAAUAAAGCCCAUGCAAAUAAGGUCAAAAAGACGUAACGUACGCUAAACACACAACGUAAACCUCCUCCUGCUGUGCGCUCUGGCUCUCUACUGUGCUCUAUGGCUCUCUACUGUUACCUGUCGCUACCUGCUCCUGUCCCUCCACAUCAACCAUAAAGUUUGCAGCACUGUAGCACUCAAUGUUGAAAGUAAACUUUCUUCUUCUUCAUCUUUCAUUCAUUCCAUGUAAACUACCAUUAUAUUUUUUCACCAUGUAUAUCAAUAUGUAUAUGUACAUACUACCACUCUACCAGUAUACAUACUUUAUUUUGGUUAAUCGUGACAUUAUUAUGGUGAAAUAUGAUUUUAUUUGAUCAAA